CAACGAAAUGAUCAAUUCAGAGAGCUCGCUUUCUUUCCAAUUGGCCAUGGCUUCCCCAUGGUGCCGAUGGCCAUGGAAGACGACUAGCUGCUCUGCAACGACCACCUUGGGCAACUUCUCUUCUCACGUCCGACGACAUCGGAUCUCGUUCUCUUUGCCAGAUCCCUCCUCCUCUUCUUCUUGUGCUGCUUCUGCGUCUACCUCGAAAUCGGGCGCUGGGCUCAAGAAGGUUCUGAAUUUAGCUGCUCCGAGUCCAAAAUCAAUCUCCUCCAUUAGCGAGAUUGUUGCAGAGGAUGCCUCUGUUCCGAAGCUUAUUCGACCCCGACGGAGAAAGUCUCCGAGCUUGAGAUCACUGUUCGGGAAGCGGUCGCUGUGGCGGAGGAUCCUGUUCGCAUCCAGGAAAGUCAGAAGCAUCAUUCUACUCAAUCUCCUAACAGUCGUUUACGCUAGUGAUAUUCCGGUCCUGAAAGAGGUCGAAGCCAUCAUGGAUCCAGCAGCUUUCUCUGCUGUGAGAUUCGUGGUGUCUGCAAUUCCAUUCAUCCCUUUUGUGUUCCGAGCACGUGAUGCUCAAACCCGCAAUGCCGGGCUGGAGUUGGGACUUUGGGUCAGUCUCGGCUAUAUCAUGCAGGCACUCGGUUUGCUUACAUCGGAUGCAGGACGUGCAUCAUUCAUCAAUAUGUUCACUGUGAUUGUGGUUCCCCUAGUUCAAGGCAUGCUAGGAGCAGCAGUUCCAGCAUAUACAUGGGCUGGAGCUUUUAUGUCUGUUGUCGGGGUUGGAAUGCUUGAAUCUAGUGGAUCACCACCAUGUGUGGGGGAUCUCUUUAACUUACUAAGUGCAGUGUUCUUUGGAGUACAUAUACUGAGAACUGAGCACAUUUCAAGAACAAUGGAUAAGAAAAGCUUCUUACCUCUGCUAGGAUAUGAGGUAUGUGUUGUUGCUCUAUUCUCUGUAUUGUGGUAUUUUAUUGGAGGUCAGUCUACCAUUCAAGAAUCUGGAGCAUCCUGGACAUGGGCAAUGGUUUGGGAGUCACUGGUUGAAUUUCCAUGGAUACCAGCACUUUACACAGGCGUAUUCUCGACAGGACUAUGCUUAUGGUUAGAGAUGGUGGCAAUGCGCGAUGUGUCUGCGGCAGAAACUGCAAUAGUUUAUGGGCUGGAACCAGUUUGGGGCGCAGGAUUCGCUUGGUUUCUCCUCGGGGAAAGAUGGGGUACAGUUGGCUGGAUUGGUGCCACAUUUGUACUAGGGGGAAGCUUAAUGGUGCAAAUAUAUGGUUCAUCAACUCCCAAGAAGUUAAAUGAAGGCAAUAACAUGAACAGAAAUAGCAAUAAUCAGCUAUUGGUGACAAAGGAUCGCAGCGGUUUUUCCUCCUCCCCAGUCAUUGUCCGCUCCAAGAAGGAUUUUCCUGAUCUAUUGAACAAGUAAGGAGCCUCUUGUCAUUCUCUUACUGGGAGGAUGGUUCUUUCAUCAUCAAUGGUGUCACAGGAAGAAUCUGGAUCUACUAUUUAGCUAUAUAUAUCCUAUGAAUCAAAGCCCAAGAUUGCUCCGAAGGUGCUCUGCUUUCUGGUAUCUUCGUUAUAGAUACAUAUAGACAGAGAUCAGCACAGGAAGCAAGUACAGAAAGCUUAAUAGCAGUAACCUCCAACAGUUGUUUGAAGAUGUUCAAAUUCGGCAAUGGUGACAUUGAGUUUGAACAUGGAGAUAGAGAAUGCCUUUGGGAAAGCACAGAAAUAUAGAGGCCUGGUUGUAGAUUCUCAUUGGUUAUCUGAAGAUGGUCAGAUACGAAUCUUCAACUUCAGAGAUUGUGAGCUCAGGGGGAGAGAAUGAGUUCCAGGGGAAGCACAAUAAUCAGCCCUAAUGAAUUAUAGAACUCGCGUAUACCUUUUGCAGAGCAAUAGCAGUUGGGCAUUUGGUGAGAUGCUCGCGGCUCGUCCUCAUCUACUUGAGGUAAAUGCCCGUUUCGACUCAGUUAUGUACAGCAACUGGCUUGCAAGCACUGAUAAUAUGAGGAUAGUUAGCCUUCGUUUGAAAUUACCAGGGUUCAUACCGAAAAAAGAUGGCACAGAAUCUAAUCUAGAUUCUUUGGCUCCGAAUCAAAUCUAAGCUAGAUAAUGUGCAUACACCAUAACAUUGUAUAGCUAAUAAAUGCAAUUCAUGCUUCCUAAUCUCCAUGGAUGUAUAUUGUUCUUGCUCGAUCAUUUGUCCUAUGAAUUCCAUUGCUGACGCUGUAGUAAAAACUAGUUCUGCUUUCAA